CAGUCUCGUUCGGUAGAGCGGUGUCGUCCUCCCGCGAGCAAUAUGACCAUCAUCAGCAGCAGCGGCGGCUCGUUUUUCGCGCUGGCCCUCCUGUGCGCGCUGGCCGGCGUGCUCGGGCGGGUGCUCGACAAGAGAAGCGCCGAGGCCACCGGCACACCCGAACUUUACCCCGAUUACCCGGACUACCAGAAAGCCAUGCCAAAGAGAGCAGCUCUUUUGCUGGACAGGUUACUAGUGGCCUUGCAAAAAGCCGUGGACAACGAGGAAAUCGGCAAAAACGGUUACAAGACGUACGCGAGAACCCUCCCAAAUUACUCGGACAUUCCCGAGUCGGAGCACGGGAUGCAACUGACUGACGAAAGGACGAUGGAUCUUCAACGGCGUGGACAGGCAAAGGGUCGCGUUUACUGGCGCUGCUAUUUGAACGCAGUGACCUGCUUCAAGAGAAAGUGAUCAUUUGUUUGAUAACACAGAGAGUAUACGGCGGUCUUUCCGUUAUUACAG